AUGCUUAUUCUUUUUGUAUCACCAUAUAUGAGGUCUCACACACACACACAGAGUGCAUAGAGGAGUAUGCACCUACCAAUGCAGUCUAGUUCUAACUGUGAGGCAUAGGAGGAGAUCACUACUGGACUCUCGUUAUUUGUCUGAUCUUCAUGGAAACCAGCUGCCUGCCCACAUAAGCACUCCAUUGAUCAGUCUGGAUUUGCCUGUGUGCCUCAAUUGUGUGGAUGUUUUAAGUGUCCCUGAAGUCCACCACACAAGUAAGUGUAUGUGUGGAUGUGUGUGUGUGUCAAUGACAGUAUGCUGGUCUUGGUCCAGCAUCCACACACAUCUGGAGAUACAGAUGGCCAAACAUUCCUCUCAAGCCUGAUGCAAACUCCAGAAACGCAGUCACAAGUGGAGCCCCAAUGCAAGUCCUCACAGAUCCAGAAAUAUCCAGGGCCAAGUUUGGGGGAUAAAAGAGACACUGGAGACUGAACACCACUCAAAACAAGUGACCGUGCUUACUAACGUUCAGUAUGUCUUUGACAGCCAGUUGCUUAAAUGCGACUUGAAACACUUGCACAAUAAAUUACCCCCUGUUUUAGCAGCAGAGUUUGAACUUUGGACCGAGCGCUGUCAGUAAGUAAGAAAGUGCCGUGUUUGCACUGAUGUCACAUUGCCUGUUACGUCUCCUUCCUGCCUCAGACAGGAUACAGACACAAGACAAUAAACCACAGGAGGAAUUAAUCCAGCACUACAACACGCAGCAUGACUAACUUCAGAAGACAAGGAAGACAUUGAGACAUCUAACAGCAGUGUGACAACACCACGCCAUUGUAGGAUGUGAUAGAGAAUUAGGAAAUUACUACUUCUGAAAAGACAUAAACAGAACUUUUUUCUUAAACCUCCAUUGUCUACAAAAUGAAUUCAAAAGUACAAUAGUAAAAAAUGAAAUCCAGAUCAACUCAUCAUCUCCUAAUAAUUCAUGUAUAGGACCAAGCAGGAUUUCUCAUGAAUAUAAAUCGCAGUUUCUUUCUUGAAGAAUAAGAAGUCCCUCCAUGUGUCUUUCUGCAGCUGCAUAUUCUAGUCCUGUUUGAGUCUAUCUGGGUGAUCUUCCCACACACUGUACAUCACAUGUUUCUGCUUCAGGCACAGCUCCUUGGAAUAAAAACGUAGUGGAGACCAUAUGAGUCUCAGAAAUGCAGUCACAGAAGUUUCCUGUCCAACAUGACCACAGCAGAUUGAGCUGAAGUGUGAAGAUCAAACUCCAGUCCAGCAGCAGCCUGGCUGUUAUCCUGACAGGAGUACACCCGGUGUCCGCCGUGUGCCAUUCCAACCCCUCAUUUGUUUGAGAACAAUAACAUGUUUGGAGCUCCCACUCAAUAAAACAGUUGGGUCAGGCUCACAGAAACACAAACAGACUCAGCGGUCAUGACUGUUUCUCCCAGGAAAAAAACAAAUAAAAUCUAGUUCUGAGGUGGUCUGUAGGGUCCUGACCAGUGACAACCAGCAAUAGAACUAAACUCCAAACUUCUAUCCAAGCAUGUGAUUUGUCACUGAGGUGAUACAGUGAAGCCUUCUUUCUCAGUGUCCAGGUUCAAACUCCCUCUCUCUACAGAAAGCUCCAACAGCAAUCAGCAAGAACAGUCCUCCUUGUCCACCACUCCCAAAUAUCCAGAGGAAAGAAACUCUGCUCUUCCUGUUCACCUCCAGAGCCAGAGAAAAUGAUCCAGUGAGCUCUCACACACACAGACACACUUAACACACAGGCUACAGACAUUCACACACAUAACGCACACGCAUGCUGCCCAUGAGCAACAGGGAGGGGCUGAGGGGUGCACGGUCUGCUGAGGCAAGCAGUUUCUCUGACGGGUCAUUUUGUAGCUUAUAUGUGAGGAAUACAAAGGGAGCAGGAUUACUAUGUUGAGUGGAUGCAUGGAUACCCAUACAUACUGCGCACACACACGUGAUCGCAGAGGCUGGUGGACAAUCUCUUUUCUCCAUUAAAGCAGUGUGGCCUGGACGUGCAGCAUGUAUGCAGUUGACUGUCAACAACAUUAAAGGGCUUCAGACUGCACCAGUGCAAACCUGUUUACUCUUUUCCUACCAUCCAGUAUGUCUGCAAAAAGGGCAACAGUGUUGGCAAAGAAAAAGGCAAAAACCAGAUCAGAGGAUGCUCUAAGGAACCAUGACACGCCACAGAAAAGGCUGCUCUCUGUUGAUGCUCAGCGCCUCUCAAGGAUACUGGAAAACUGCAUUAGUCAAAUCGAGAUUGCAGUAUCCCUGUCUGCUAUCCUCCGCUUAAAGAGUGUGUCUAGUGUUGUGGACGAGGAGUUGAGUGGGGCACUUCAAGAGCAUCAGCUGCUAAGUGAAAGAUUGGAGACACUAGAAGGUGUCAAGCAGGAGUCAGAGGGAGAAGAUGGAGAAUCAAGGAAGAGCGCAAGAGCCCAGCUUGAGAGGGACGUCAUGAACUCUGUCAGGGAUCUGCUCAGGCUUUUCAGAGCGCAUCCUGAUGCCAUUUCUGGCUUGAGGGCAGAGCUAGAUAUGCAAGUAGGGGAAAGUGAGCUCAAACUAAUAAGAGGGCUUAAGAUGUUUCACGGUCAUAUAGUAGAAAAGUUGCUGACCAGUCCAGAUGAAGAGCUACAGUUGAUCCUCUACAGGCCGACGUCUCCAUCCCCUGCCGACGAACUGAAGGUCAUCGCUAAGGAGGAGGAAGUAGUAGCUAAAUCCAAGAAGGAAAAAGAUGAAAUGAUUGCUCAGAAAAAAAUUAACAUUGAAAAUAUGCAGCGUUAUAUGCAAGGGGCCAACGUUGAAGUGGCGAGUAUGUCACAAAUGGCAGAUAAGCAGUGCCAGUCACAUGUGAACAUAUCAAAGAAACAGGCCAGUAUGCAACAGGAAAUUGAUCGACUGAACCUUCAGCUCAAGAAUUUAAUGCUUGAAAACAGACAGACAGAGAGAGCACUCCAAGAGAAAAACGAAAAAGUGGAGACAGAAAUUGAAUACUUGAUCAAAAAUUUUGACGAUGAAAUGGAAGAAAAACAGGCUGACCUGGAGCUGAAUGAAAAUGAUUAUGAGAUGGAGGAGGAGCAGCUGAGGAGUCUGGAGAAACCCUUUUCUGUCCUAGAGGUGGAGUACAAGCAGAUCCAGGAGAAGCGUCGGCUGGCAGAGGAGAAGAGACAGAAGGAGAUGAAGGAGCUGGAGCUGAAGACCAAAGCUGCUAUUUUCGCCCAAGCCUGGUGGAGAGGCUACAGCAUUCGCAAGGCCUUAAAGAACAAGGGCAAAAGCAAGAAGGCCAAAAAAGGGAAAGGCAAGAAAAAAUGAACCAUUGCCUGGUUUCAUCGCAGUGGUGCUACACAGACACACUGUCUACCUGUACAGCAUGAAUGUUUUUGGAUGAUAAAAAGCCUCAGUGUGCUUGUCAGUUUUAUCUAGUUUUUCAAUAAAGUCUUUUAUGUUUUAAUCUAGUGUUUGCUAUUUGUGUGAACUACAGAACUUACUGGGUAUACCAGCUGCUGUUUUCUUUAAUGGCCACAGGGUGACAGUACAGGCUUUUGUAUUCUAAAUGAUCAAUUACCUACAUUACAUUACAUUCAUUUAGCUGUCACGCAGACAGCAGGAGCCAGGGAUUGAACCACCACCAGUAUAAAGUCACUUGAUGAUGAUGAUACUAGAUAAACAGUAUUUUUCAAGUUAAAACAAGUCAACUUAAAGUGUUUAGUUUCCAAUAUCAGAACCAUUUUAGAUCAACCCCUGUUCAUUACAACAACGAGCUAAAUGAAUGUCACACUGACCUCUUAUUAAACUCAUUAUGUGCUAGGUUGUUAGCAUACUUCCCAGCAUGCACUAUAUUUUAAAAAUGUGUCUUUGAUUAGUCACAUGGGUCUAAAAGUUCAGUUUGUUAGCAUGAUCAUUUUCUGUUGCUC